ACUUACUACACAACCAUUGUAACUAUAACUCUCGUCACCAUCCGUGGUGCUCAGAAACGGGUCUCUAUCUAUAUAUGCAUGGAUCACCAUAGGUGACCUUCACGAUGUCCUUGCAUGAUUCUUACAAGACAGCGGAGGCUGUAGCUGAAGGAUUUCGCUCUUUCAGCAACCUCCUGCCGGAGCAUGAUACGGAGAUCACCAGCCUCGUCGUCGACCUCUUUUCGAUCAGCCUCUUUCUCAAAGGCUUGGAGGGUAUGGCGAGAAAUCGAGCCUACCGCUACAGGCUAUCCGCUAUCCAUCCUGAUCUGGAAUUGGUCCGUGCUAGCUUAAAUUACACCCUUGAGGACGUGCUGGACUUCUUUGAUGAUCUGGAAUCCCGGAGAGGCGAUCCCAGCGAGGCAUACAAGCAAUUAUGGUUGGAAAUCUCCGCCCAUUUCUUGGAGGAAUCUCAGGAAUCUUUGUCCACCCGGUUAGCCAAAUACAAAUCGUUUCUGAGGGAUUUGAGUGAUAUCAUGAAGGGUGAGGUAACCGAUACUCGUCUAAUGGCUUCGCUUCGCAGCAACCUCAAAGGGCUACUGGUCCACCAGGAUAGCCGACUUGCACCGCGUUUGGGCUCUAUGUCACUGAGUUCGCCUUCCUCUAGCAGCAGUAGCAGCAGCAGCAAUGGCAGCAAUGCUGAUCCAGGAAGUCCGGUCAAUGGGCGUAGGCCUCGCGGACGCAGGUCGUACGAGCGAGCACGGCCUCCUCAUUCCUCACCUCAGUCGCCUAUUUCCACAUCAUCAGCCACAUUCUCUGACAUUCCACCCUCUGUGCCCUCAGCGCCAGACUCUCCUACUACUAGCACCUCUGCCACUAGCCAGUCAAUAGACUCAACUCCUGUCAGUGACCACUGGGCCAGACGGGUAUUUCUGGAUGAGCAUCCGAUGACCCCGAUUCCUUACGUCGGUGAAAGCUCCAAAUGCCUCGGAGAGGUGAAGGGUAACGUGAAAGGGUGGCUUCACGAGGAGGGAUUUGAGGAGCUAUUCCAACUUGCUUUCAGUGGCGACUCGGAUCUACGUGUUUGCUUCUAUCUACGAGAAGAUGACCAUCGCGUACGAAUUGUGUGCAAGUCCCGGCGUACCUCUCGGACCAGUGAUUACUCUUGCCUACCCUUAAAUUUGCUAGAGAUCGUUCGUAUCGGUUCCUGCUUGCAGAUUUGUCGACGGCGUCGCGGGGGCUCUGAACUAGUGCUGUGGGCCAAUCUUAAGUUUAGCACAAUUGAGCAGAUGGUGAUCUUUUUCUGCACAUUCUUAGCGCUACGAUCGCAGGACUCUGGUCGGCCUGUUGAACGCAUUCGUGAUUACGAACUUGACGACGAGGAAGAGCACUUCGGAGGGCAAAUUGUCGAUGAUGACUUCCUCCACGCCUUACGCGUGUACCGAGACAACGUGUCUGGAGCCGUGCGUCUGCAGGCAUCAGUCCACAAGGGCGAGAUGAAACGCUUACAUAGGAUGCCCGUUUGGACUGCCUUCAUAACGGAACAUAUCGGCUCCAGAGGCUGGAUUCGCCGAGUAGACACCAAAACCAUCUUAUUGCGUGACCUUCGUCGAGUCAUCUUCACCUUCCCCAGUUAUAAUCCACCUCGCACACCCAAGGGUGAGCAUAUUUUGAAGUUCACGAAUAAGUCAGAUGCCCAGGGUUUCAUGGACACAAUCGCCGAGCUCGCCCACCUAUAACACUAUGAAAACAAUACCUACAACAUUUAGCAUGUUCUGUAUCAGUUACGGCAAGAAACAGGAAACAGUCCUGGCUCGCCAGUACAUAUAGCAAUUACGACAAAUGAGUCACGAUUUACGAUGAAACGAGCCACACGAGACGGUUGUUAUUUGAUUGUUGUUUCUGAUCACCUUA